AAAGUAAAGGAUUUUUGGGAAACCAAAUCAUCCAAGUCCCCCCACUCAUAGUCGCUCCUCCGAGUUAGGGUUUUUCCGCUGUUGGAAAAUCAAAGCUUUCGCUAUCCUCAUCGUCAUCGUCGCUAGGGUUUUCUUUUAUCUUUAUUGUCUAAUUUGGGAUUUAUAAUUAUUACUUCGUCUAUGUGAAAGAAAAUGUAUUCUUCAAGAGGAAGUAAUGCGUACGGUCAACAGUCUUAUGCUGGGCAACCUGCCUAUGGCCAAAACCUGGGAUCUGCUUAUUCUGGAAGUACUGUUGGAGGUCCAGACGGGGGUUCUCAACUUUCCAUUUCUUCACGCCAUACCUCUAUGUUAGGUGCUUCUCAAGAAGCGGACGCUGCUGCCUAUAGAGCUCAUCCUUCUACCACAGCUCAUUACGGGGGACAAUAUGGUUCUUUGUAUAGCUCGGCUGCUUUGACAGGUGUAUCUCAGGUUCCAUCAAUAACUGCUAAAGCGGGAUCAUCUGCUUUGGAAAGUCGUGGGGCCUAUACCUCAGCUGUUCCAGAUUCACCAAAAUUCUCUUCUGGUGACUAUGUCUCCUCUACAAGCCAUGGGUAUGCUCAUAAAGGGGGUCAACUAUAUGGGGAAAAGGUUCCUGAUUAUCCUGUUAUAGACAGAAGACAAUACGGUGAAAGACAGAGUUCUUACAUGGGAAGGGACUUGCAAAACGAAUCAACUGGAAGAUUUUCUGAUUCUGUCAGUUUUGCUCAUCAGAGUGAAAUUUAUGAUCGGAUUGAUCAGGCAGUUUUGCUUCGGCAAGAACAGUUAUUGAAGUCACAAUCAUUGCAAUCUGCUUCUCUUGAUGGAAGUGCCAGAGAAACUGAUUAUCUUGCAGCAAGAGCUGCUGCUGGUCGUCAUCCCACUCAAGAUCUCAUCACUUAUGGAGGAAGAAUGGAUGCUGAUUCUCGCAGUAUAUCAUUACUUGGUGCUUCAUCCUACAACACACAACAUGCCCCCUCAAUAUUAGGGGCAGCCCCACGGAGAAAUGCUGAUGACCUUGUCUAUGCACAAAGCUCUUCAAAUCCUGGUUAUGGAGUGAGCCUCCCUCCUGGUAGGGAUUACGCCAUGGGAAAAGGGCUGCAUGCUUCGUCACUUGAGACAGACUAUCCAAGUAGUGUAUUGCCUCGCAGUGGUCAUGCAAGGAUUGAUGAGCUGAAGGAUGAUAGGGCUAGUUACCUUCGAGAGUUUGAGCUAAGGGAGGAGGAACGUCGUCGCGAACGUUUGCGGGAUAGAGAAAGAGACAGAGAAAGGGAGAAGGAUCGAGAUCGUGAACGAGAACGUGAACGAGAACGAGAAAAAGAAAGAGAUCGUGAAAGGGAGCGCAUUAUGGAACGACGAGAAAAGGAGAGGGAGCGAGAGCGCAAACGUGCACUUGAAGUAAGGCGUGAUCGAAGUCUACCGAGAGUUUCUAGGGAUCGUCGAGGCUCGUCUUUGUUAAAGGAGGGGAGAUCAUUGCGACGGGAGUCCCCUCAACGUGAAGCUUUGCAUAGGCGUCGUUCCCCAGUUAAAGAAAAAAGGAGAGAAUAUGUCUGCAAGGUUUACACUUCCAGUCUGGUUGACGAGGAGAGGGAUUAUCUCUGCAUAGAUAAGCGAUAUCCCAGGCUUUUCAUAUCCCCAGAGUUUUCCAAGGCUGUUGUAUAUUGGCCAAAGGAGAAUCUCAAACUUUCUAUCCAUACUCCCAUCAGUUUUGAGCAUGAUUUUAUUGAAGAAGAGAGCGCAUCUGGGUCGAAAAAGGAUUCUACUAACCUUUUGUCUGAAGAAUCUUCAAAAUCAGGACAUGGAAAUAUACUGUGGAAUGCAAAGUUUAUUCUAAUGAGUGGAAUUAGCAAGAAUGCUCUGGAGGAGCUAUCAUCUGAAAAAAUUUUUGAUGAUCGCAUACCCCAUAUCUACAACAUUCUUCGGUUUGCUGUUCUUAAAAAGGAUCAUUCUUUAAUGGCAAUUGGAGGCCCUUGGAAAUCUGUUGAUGGUGGGGACCCAUCUGUUGAUGAUACCUCUCUAACUCAUACUGCCCAAAGAUAUGCAAAGGAGAUUGCUCAACUUGAUCUGCAAAAUUGCCAGCACUGGAAUCGUUUCCUCGAGAUACACUACGACAGAGUUGGAAAGGAUGGACUGUUUAGUCAUAAGGAGGUUACUGUAUUGUUUCUUCCUGAUUUGUCUGAAUGUCUCCCUUCAUUGGAUGCAUGGCGAGACCAAUGGCUUGCACACCAGAAGGUUGUUGCUGAAAGAGACCGUCUUCUUUCGCUGCGAAGAGAGAAAAUGAAGGUGAAAGAUGCACUAAAAGAUAAAGAUCAUGAUUCCUCGAAAGAUGUUAAACGGGUAGACAAAGAAGAAAAAAAGAAAGAGGUAGCAUCUUCUGGAAAAGCUAAAGAUGUUGAAAAAAAGGAGAAAGAGAAAGAUGGUAACAAUUUGAAAAAAAGUGCAUCUGAAGUAAAGGGUGACACAAAUGAAAAACCUGGGAAACAAAAUUCUAUGGAAAGUAGGGAGGAAGAGAUGAAAGUGGAUAAAAAAGAAGAGGGAGCAACUGCUGUUGCUCAAACAACUGGUGGUGUGAUGUCUGGGAAGAAGAAAAUUAUGAAGAAGGUUGUCAAACAGAAAGUUGUUGGCAAGACAACAGGUGAUACUGUAAGCAAACAACAUAAUGGAAAUGAAAAGGAGGAGAAUAGUGCAAGCUUAGAGGGUUCAGGUCAACAGGAUGCAUCUUCCGCUGCAUCAAGUGGGGUCAAAACUUUUGCAAGGAAAAAAGUUGUGAAGAAAGUGGUAAAAGCUAGUGCAAGUGAAGAUAAAGUUGCACAAGUUGAGAAGAAAGUUGACAAGGAAACUGAUUCCUCUGGAGACAAACUGAAGGAUAAUAUAGAUCCAAACAGUGCUGCAGCAGUGCAAGAUACGAGUGUGAAAACAGUCAAGAAGAAGAUUAUCAAGAGGGUACCUAAAAGAAAAAUUGCUACCGUGCAAUCCAACGAUGGUGUUUCUGGCACACAAAAAGAGGGUGAUGGUAAUGAGAAAGCUGCUGCUGAGGCAGUAGAUGGAACACAAGGUGCAGGGAAGCAAAAUGCAGAUGCAGACAACAUGAAAACUGAAGUUAAGACAUUAGAAAAAAAAAUUAUUUCUAAAACAGAGAAGUCAGAUAAGAUGGGAAGUUCUGGUAAAGUAGUCAUAAAGGAUGAAAAAGCAGAGAAGAAAGAGGUGAAGGUAGCAGGCGAGCGAAGUGCCACUAGAAAGGAGACAGAGACGGAUAAGAAAAAAAUAUCUCAAAAGGACAUCAAUGAUAGUAAGAGUGGGUUAUUGAAAGAUAGUGAGAAAUCUAAAGAUGUUAAAGAGAAAAAAGGCAAAGAUGUAAAGGAUGAGUCUAGAAGCAAAUCAAAUAAAGAAUUGAAAGAAAAGAAAAAACCUGAAGAACCUCCUCGACACCCAGGAUUUAUUCUACAAACCAAAUCGAGCAAGGAUUCCAAGUCCCGAUCCAUGUCACUUGCACUGGAAACACUCUUGGAUUAUUCUGACAAAGAUGUUGAAGAAUCAACAUUUGAGCUCUCACUCUUUGCUGAGACACUCUGCGAAAUGCUUCAGUAUCAGAUGGGUUGUCGUCUCUUCACUUUUCUCCAGAAAUUGCGUGUGAAAUUUGUGAGAAAAAGAUUUCAAAAUAAGAGGCAGAGGGAAGAGAAGAGAGGGAGUGAAAUUGAUAAAUUAUCACCAACAAAGCGCCUAAAGACUGAGAAGCUCUCUGUCAACAACCAAUCUACUCAAGCAUCUGAAACAUCAAAUCCAGCCCAGCCAGAUGAUAAAAAUACAACAGAGGAGUAUGUCAUUGUUGAUCCUGCUGUUGAGGUGAAGACUAAUAACUUGGUUGAGCCUGCUGAUGAAGUGAAGACAGAGAAUGGAACAGAUGAUGAUGAAGACUAUGAGGAGGAUCCAGAAGAAGAUCCAGAAGAGGAUGAGGAAAUGGAUGAUGUGAAUCCUCCAGGUGAUUCAUCUGUCCAAAAUGAUGCCAAGGAAACAAACUUAAAAGAGGAACCUGUAAAUGAGAAGGAUGACAAAUUGGACAAGGGACAACCUGGCCUCAAGGCUACAGAGACAACAGCAAAAUCUGACACAAAAGCAGGUGAAAAAAUUGAGACAAAAGUGGAUACUGGUGAGAAAGGAACUCUGGUAAAGUUGAAGGAAACAUCUGCCGACAAGGAGCUAUUACAGGCUUUUAGGUUUUUUGACCGGAAUCGAGUUGGCUACAUCAGGGUUGAAGAUUUGCGGUUGAUUAUCCACAACUUGGGGAAAUUCCUCUCUCACAGGGAUGUCAAAGAACUUGUGCAGAGCGCAUUGUUAGAGAGCAACACAGGAAGGGAUGAUCGUAUUCUUUACAAUAAGCUUGUGCGGAUGUCCGACAUAUAAUAAGAUUGAAGAAACCGUGGUGAUUUAGGUCUUUGCUUGACAUAUUAUGUUAUAUUAACUUGAAUUGCUCGAAAGAACAUUAAGCCUUUAGACUCAAAUCUAGGUUAUUCACAUUCCAUAUUUUGCAUGGAUUUUUGUUUUUUCAGGAUGUGGAUUUGAAUACUAAUUUAAAGUCCAUAAAUCUGCAAAAAAAUUAUAGCUGAAGCUGUUAACAUUGUAAAGAAACAUUGAUGAUUUUUCUUUUUUUAAUGACUUCUCCAAAAGUUAUCUUCAUUGGAUAAUUUACACCAAGAGUCCCCAAUUGAUAAAGCAUAUCCUUUACACGGACUCAAUUACUCACUA